AUGCAGCCUGCCUCCGAAGAAAAGAGCUACGCGGUUGGUAUUGACCUUGGGACAACCUACUCAUGCGUUGGAGUUUACAAAGAUGGUGAAGUUCAGAUCAUUGCGAAUGAUCAAGGGAACAGAACAACUCCGUCAUACGUAGCUUGGACGGAGCAGGAGAGGUUGCUGGGAGAUGCGGCGAAGAACCAGGUUGCAAGCAAUCCGACCAACACAGUCUUUGAUGCCAAGAGGCUGAUUGGGCGACGAUUUGAUGACCCGAUUGUGCAGGCAGACUUAAAACUUUGGCCUUUUAAGGUCGUCUCUGAUGGCACAAAGGAUGACAAGCCAUUGAUUGAAAUCUUUUACCAGGGAGUGGCGAAGAAGUUUCACCCCGAGGAGAUCUCCUCGAUGAUUUUGACAAAGAUGAAGCAGACGGCAGAGGCCUAUUUGGGUCACCGGGUCCGGGAAGCAGUGAUCACCGUGCCGGCCUAUUUUAAUGAUGCGCAGCGACAAGCCACCAAAGAUGCUGGUGAGAUUGCAGGUCUUCGUGUGCUGCGAAUCGUAAACGAACCGACUGCUGCAGCCAUUGCCUAUGGACUUGACAAGUCGACCAGUGCCCAGAAAGAGACCCACAUUUUGGUCUUUGACAUGGGUGGCGGGACUUUUGAUGUCUCAGUGCUUGCAAUCCAAGAGUCCGUUUUUGAGGUGAAAGCAACUGCAGGUGACCCUCAUCUUGGUGGUGAAGACUUUGACAAUCGAAUUUUGAGUCAUUGCAUUGCAGAUUUUCGUAGGAAGUACCAGUCGGACCCCACUCGCAACCAGCGUGCCGUGCGGCGCUUGCGAACGCAGUGUGAGCGUGCUAAGAGGUUGCUGUCCACACAAACAUCUGUGACAAUUGAAGUGGAUUCGCUACAUGAAGGAAACGACUUUAGCAUUCGCCUCUCCAGGGCAAAGUUUGAAGAGCUUUGCCUCGAUUAUUUCAAGAAGGCCAUGGAGCCAGUGGAGCAGUGCCUGAAAGACAGCAACUUGCCGCAGAAGGCCAUUUCUGAUAUUGUGAUGGUCGGCGGCUCAACUAGAAUUCCCAAGGUGCAGGAGCUUAUUAAGGCUUUCUUCCAUGGAAAGGAGCUGUGCAAGUCCAUCAAUCCAGACGAAGCUGUAGCAUAUGGAGCCGCUGUCCAGGCGGCCAUUGUGUCAGGACAUGGCAGUGAAGAAGUUCAGAACAUGCUGCUGCUAGAUGUUGCUCCACUCUCCUUGGGCAUUGAGACGGCAGGCGGCAUGAUGCAAGUCCUGAUUGAGCGAAAUUCCACAGUGCCAACCAGCAAGAGCCAAGAUUUCACGACCUUUGAGGACUAUCAAGACCAUGUGGACAUUUCAGUCUACGAAGGGGAACGGGCCAUGGUCAAAGACAACAACUUCUUGGGCAAGUUUACCUUGAAGGACAUCCCCAAGUCUUUACGCGGCGUCCCCAAAAUCCAAGUCACCUUCACCAUAGACACCAACGGGAUUCUGCAGGUGAGCGCAGAAGAUGCGAAGUCCAAUAAGAAGAGCGAGAUCCAGAUUGCCAACGAGAAGGGCCGCUUAACGCAAAAUGAUAUUCAAAAGAUGCUGCAGGAGGCAGAAAAGUACAAAGGUGAAGAUGAGAUUAGCAAAGGCGACAUGCUGGCCAAAGAAGAGCUCAAAGUUUACUUCCAGCGGUUUGAUAAAGGCAUCCAGGACCUUGAUGCGAGCAAGUUGCAGGAGCAAGAUCGAGAACGUCUUGAAAAAAAAAGCUGGCAGAUGCGUACCACUGGCUAG